AGUCUCCGCAAAAAUGGCUGCGAUCGGACGCUUGUCCCAGAAGCUCUUCAAGUCCGCUGCCCUGACCCAAAGCCGUCAGCUUUCGGCUGCAGCUCAUGGUGAAAAUGCAGCCAAGACCUGGAAGAUCCUGACGUUUGUUGUGGCUCUGCCUGGAGUAGCUGUGUGCAUGUUGAACAUGUAUCUGCGCUCUCAGCACCACCAUGAGCAGCCCGAGUUCGUACCCUACAGCCACCUGCGCAUCCGCUCCAAGCGUUUCCCAUGGGGUGAUGGCAACAAGACGCUCUUCCACAACCCACAUGUAAACGCCCUGCCCGACGGCUACGAGCACCAUGACGAGUAAAGGGUGUCAGGAGCUCUCCAGAUCCCCCCUACAGGGACCACAAGGCCCUCAGUCUGCUGGCCUGGACCACUCCUCACGUUCUUUCAGUUUACAUGACGCCUGUCCAGUUUGUCGAUCUUACCUCUGUGCUAUCCACACCUCGGAGAGGCACCUUAAGGAAACAGUUACAUUUAUUCAUGGACCAUUGUAUCACACUGUCUGCUUAAACUGAUAAAUAAACAUCUAUUAGUUAAAUUA